AUGAUACCAUCAACAUCAGAAUUGAUCUAUGAACAAAAACAAUCUUAUACUUGUUGGCCAUUUCAUCAACAAGAUCUUCAUUUACCAUUUGUGUUUCCAUAUACUUCACAAACAACAUCAUCAUUAAAAACGAUUGAUGAACGAAUCUAUCCGAUAUCAAAUUCAAUUAUUACUCCAAGAAAACCUUUUCAAUUAAUUUCUCAAAAGCAACCUAUUACUACAAAUACAAAUAAAUCUUCUUCAUUAAGUUUUUCUAUUGAAAGAAUUUUAGGUGAUAAUACUUUGACAAGAAAAACAUCAGUAUCACCUUUAUCAACGGCAACAACAAUUGUUCAUAGGCGUGGUCAUAAAUCUUUACCAUAUCCAUUACGGAAAGAAAAUGGAAAAAUCAUUUAUGAAUGUGUACAAUGUCAUAAAACAUUUAGUCAAUUAUCAAAUCUUAAAGUACAUUUAAGAACUCAUACAAAUGAAAGACCAUUUGCAUGUACACAAUGUACAAAAUCAUUUACACAAUUUGCUCAUCUUCAAAAACAUACACUUGUUCAUUCAGGUGAACGACCAUAUUCAUGUCCAUAUUGUCCAAAAAGAUUUUCAUCAACAUCAAAUUUAAAAACACACCUUCGUUUACAUACAGGUGAUAAACCAUAUCUAUGUUCCAAUAGUUCAUGUUCUGCACGUUUUACUCAACUUGUCCAUUUAAAAUUACAUAAAAAGAUUCAUUUAAAUGAACAAACUAUUUCAUCAACGUCGAGUAAUAUUAAUUUCAAUUCAAUCUUAUAA